UGCUUGUUCGUUACCUAGCCUGCCCCUUCCGUCAAAUCGUCUUCCCUCGUAUCGAUUUUUUCCCCAUUCUGUUCUGUGUUUUUUUGUUUUAUUCUUUUGAUUAUCCAUAUUGUUCGAAAAUUUUCUUGUUCCGUCUGUUAUCCUGAAUCCAAGGAAAGAGAUAAGUAUAUAUUACAGUGGAAGCCCAGAGGAAGGGGGGAGAAGCGAUAGAUUUUCUCUUCUAUUUUUGUUCAUUACAACGUUGGUCUUCCUAUCGUGUUCUGUUUCUCCAGAUUCAGAGGUUGAUGAUAGUGCAGAAGGAAGUGAAAUUGCUGCUGCUCAAUCUCCUAGUUGUUUUAGCUGUUGGAAUUCUCUUAAAGUCUCUUCCCUUUAAGUUUAAAGUCGCAUCAUUUCUGCAUUUCAGAUUCAGGGAUAGAGCUUGAGCUUGUCUCUUUCGUAUCAGUUCCAUUGACGAUUCAUCGUGUUGUUCAAGAAGCCAGUUACUCCAUCCGUCCAUUAUGCGUUCCAAAUCAAAGAUUGAUCUGAAAAAACUGAGGCCAAUGAUUCUGAAGAGGAUCGAGGAACGGGCAAAGGAAUACCCGAUUAAACCCAUGGUUCCUGUGGCCAAGGAGGUUCUUGAAGCUAGACGAGUUCUUAUCCAAGGUGUCUCUAUGCUUCUUAAAGCGUUUCCCGUCUUGUCCUGCAAAUCGUGCCCUGAAGUAUUCGUCGGCAACGAGGGUCACUUGAUUGAAACAUGUCGUUGUUACUUGCGGCGUGGAAACACCCGGCUUCAUGAAUGGGUUCAAGGAUCCAUAAAUGAUAUACUGGUUCCGGUCGAAGCCUAUCACCUACACAAAAUGUCUCAAGGUAUCAUCAGACACCAACAGAGGUUUGAUUAUGACCGUGUUCCCGCCGUUUUGGAACUGUGUUGUCAAGCGGGCGCCAUCCAGCACGAAGAAAUUCUCGAACUUUCCAAAACUUAUGAGGACCCGAAUGCUCCUCUCCAUGAGGAUUUGUCUCGAGAAGAUCUCACAUAUGUUGCAGCCGGGACUUUAAGAGCAUGGGAGGCUUUAAGAGCCGGUGUCGGGAAACUAUUGUUGGCAUAUCCCUCAAAAGUUUGCAAGAACUGCUCGGAGGUUCAUGUCGGUCCGAGCGGCCAUAAAGCUCGGCUCUGCGGUAUUUUCAAAUACGAGAAUUGGCGAGGCGCACACUUCUGGCAAAAAGCCGGUGUAAAUGACUUGGUACCCCGGAAACAGGUCUGGCACCGGAGGCCACAUGACCCGAGGAUUCUUCUGAACGGAGGUCGGGAUUAUUACGGUCAUGCCCCUGCCAUUGUUAGCCUUUGCAGCCAUGCCGGUGCAGCGGUUCCUACUAAAUAUGCAACCGAGAUGAAGCCUCAUGGUUUAUCUUUUCCUUCGCCUGUAGUUUAAUUUAGCCGAGCGGUACAAGACCGGUUUUCUGAUCGAAUUCGGUAUAAGAUUUGUAACUUAACCGAAUUCUGAUGUUACACAUCGGGGCCCAAUGGGCUCAAAUGCGUGCAUUAGUUUUGUCUACAUAUGGGCUUAAUGGGCCUUGAAAAUAAUCGAUAAAUUUAAUGUUUUUUAAAAUCUA